GGGCGGCGGCUGCUGAGGCGACCGUUACGCGCGCGGGCGGUGGCGCGGGCCGGAGCGCCCGGAGCGGGAGCGAGCGGCGCGGCCCGGGGCCUCAUGUCUGCAGUCACUGUGACCUGGCUGAUGGCAGAUGCGGCAGAGCUGGUUCCUCUGGCGGCUUUAAGUCUGCUUCCUUCACCUUCGCAGCUUUUGGAGGCGACCGCCUGCCCGUCUGCCUGGGCUCGAGACCCGUCCUUGAAUCCCUGCGGUCUCUGCAUCCUUCCCCACAUGGCCAUCCCCUCUGGCUCUGACCCCAGGCUCACACGGGCGCACCUGACACUCUCCCCAUCUCCAGAGCCUUCAUGAGGUCAUGUGGAUAGGAGGAGCCAUCCAGAAGCUUGGGAGUGAAGACGUGGGUGUAUCAGGGACCAUCAGCUAGCCUGUCACACCUCUUAAGGAGAUCCAAUGAGAAGAUCCCCAAGGAUGUUUCUUGGCCAACUUUUACAUUUAUUUAUUUAUUUUUUAAUGAUGAACAUUAAAUAGUUAAAUGCCCAGUCCUAAUAUUUAAAUUAUUAAUAUAGUACUACUUAGAUAUUGAGUAAUGUAAUUUAUAUUCAUUUUUGACUCUUCUCUAUCAAAACGUAAUUUUACUAAGUGUGCAUGUUGUAUGUCCAUGUUUGUCAUCACAGAAGCCGCUCUUGGAGUCACCCAGUAAUAGCCUUUCCACGUUAUCUAGUUCUGUAGCUUUUGUGUGUGUAAAUUACUUCAAAUCUGUUUAUGAUCCUGUUGCUGGAAACUGUAUCCCAAGACACAAAAAUCUCUUCUAAUACCUUUAAAACAAUUAUUUCUUUAAAAAACAUACCCUCUGUUCUAUUUUGCAUCUUCACAACAUCAUCACUUACUGUAUUGCUUUUUCAAGGGAUCUUUAAAGAGUUUUGCAGGAGAGACUACACAGCAGGCCCGAGACCAUCCUGAGAGGCCUGUGUGCCAGGCUGGCCCCUGAGUGGUAUCAGGACGGUGCCCACCGUCCUCACUGAGGAGGGGCUCCUUGUGCUCAGCUGCUUGUGUGGGCAACAGGGUUUGUGCUGAGAACCUGCCUUUCCUCUGGGAGUCCAGAGUCUGAGUGCAAGGCAGGCAGAGAGUGCCCAUGUGCCCAGCCCACAGUCAAAACUCUGGCACCGAGUCUCCGGUGGGCUUCCCUGGUGACGACACUGCACACACUGUUACGGCUCACUCUGGGGGGAGCUCAGUGCAUCCUGCACGACCCCACCGGGAGAGGAUUCUGGAAGCUCGGGCCAAGUUUCCUCAGGACAUCGCCCCAUGGGCCUCUGCGCCUGCUGAUUUUGUGUGGAAUCCUUUCGCUCUAAUGAAUCUCAGCUGGCACUGUUUGAAGAAGCAAGCAUGGUAGCAUCAAGCAUUCCCUCAAGUAUGGCUCCACGGGAACAAUGAGACGUGCUCUUGGUCUUAGAAGCUCAUCAGAAUGUUUAGAGUUGGGGAGGCGUCCAAGCGCCCAUUGCCUGGGCCGGCGCCCCCACGGGUGCGGAGUGUGGAGGUUGCCCGGGGGAGGGCCGGCUAUGGAUUCACGCUUUCGGGACAGGCGCCCUGUGUGCUCAGCUGCGUCAUGAGGGGGAGCCCUGCGGAUUUCGUGGGUCUCCGAGCUGGAGACCAGAUAUUUGCUGUCAAUGAAAUCAACGUGAAAAAAGCGUCUCAUGAAGAUGUAGUGAAAUUAAUUGGGAAGUGCUCUGGUGUCCUGCACAUGGUGAUUGCCGAAGGCAUCGGCCGCCUCGAAUCCUGUUCCAGUGACGAAGAAGGGGGACUCUAUGAAGGAAAAGGCUGGCUGAAACCCAAGCUGGAUUCCAAAGCACUAGGUAUAAACAGAGCAGAGCGAGUCGUGGAGGAAAUGCAGUCUGGUGGAAUUUUCAAUAUGAUUUUUGAAAACCCGAGCCUUUGUGCGAGCAGUUCAGAGCCCUUGAAAUUGAAACAAAGAUCCCUUUCGGAGUCGGCCGCAGCUCGAUUUGAUGUUGGACAUGAAAGUAUAAAUAAUCCAAAUCCCAACAUGCUUUCUAAGGAGGAAAUAUCGAAAGUUAUUCAUGAUGAUUCGGUUUUCAGCAUUGGACUAGAAAGUCAUGACGAUUUCGCAUUGGAUGCAAGUAUUUUAAAUGUGGCGAUGAUCGUGGGCUACUUAGGCUCCAUUGAACUUCCUUCCACGAGCUCCAACCUGGAGUCCGACAGCUUGCAAGCCAUCCGCGGCUGCAUGCGGCGCCUGCGGGCAGAGCAGAAAAUCCACUCGCUGGUGACCAUGAAGAUCAUGCACGACUGUGUGCAGCUGAGCACUGACAAGGCUGGGGUCGUGGCCGAGUACCCGGCCGAGAAGCUGGCCUUCAGCGCCGUGUGCCCGGAUGACCGGCGAUUUUUCGGGUUGGUGACCAUGCAGACGAAUGAUGACGGGAGCCUGGCCCAGGAGGAGGAGGGCGCCCUGCGGACUUCCUGCCAUGUGUUCAUGGUGGACCCAGACUUGUUUAAUCACAAGAUCCACCAAGGCAUUGCUCGGCGGUUUGGGUUUGAGUGCACGGCUGACCCGGACACCAAUGGCUGUCUGGAAUUCCCGGCGUCCUCCCUCCCUGUCCUGCAGUUCAUCUCUGUCCUGUACCGAGACAUGGGUGAGCUGAUCGAGGGCAUGCGGGCCCGCGCCUUUCUGGACGGGGACGCCGACGCCCACCAGAACAACAGCACCAGCAGCAACAGUGACAGCGGCAUCGGGAACUUCCAUCAGGAGGAGAAGAGCAACCGAGUCCUUGUGGUGGACCUGGGUGGGAGCUCAAGCAGGCAUGGCCCCGGAGGCAGCGCGUGGGACGGUGUGGGUGGGAGGGGUACCCAGCCCUGGGGUGCUCCCUGGUCUGGACCCUUCUGUCCGGACUCCGAAGGGAGCCCCCCAUUUGAGGCCGCUCAUCAGACUGACAGGUUCCGGGACCUAAACAAGCACCUAGGACCGGCCUCUCCUGUGGAGGUGCCUCCAGCUUCUUUGAGGAGCUCAGUCCCCCCUUCCAAGAGGGGCACCGGGGGCGUCAGCUGUGGUUUCAACCAGCGCUGGCUCCCAGUUCACGUGCUCCGGGAGUGGCAGUGCGGACAUGCCAGCGACCAGGAGUCUUACACAGAUUCCACUGACGGCUGGUCCAGCGUCAACUGUGGCACGCUGCCCCCUCCUAUGAGCAAGAUCCCCGCGGACCGCUACAGGGUGGAGGGCAGCUUCGCGCAGCCCCCGCUGAGCGCUCCCAAAAGGGAGUGGUCCAGGAAGGCCUUUGGAAUGCAAAACAUUUUUGGUCCCCAUCGAACUGUUCGAAAGACUAAGGAAGAUAAAAAGGGCUCAAAAUUUGGGCGGGGAAUUGGACUCACUCAGCCUUCUCAACGCACGUCUGCUCGGAGAUCAUUUGGGAGAUCUAAGAGAUUCAGUAUCACUCGCUCCCUUGAUGAUCUUGAGUCUGCAACUGUGUCUGAUGGCGAGUUGACGGGCGCCGACCUGAAGGACUGCGUCAGCAACAACAGCCUGAGCAGCAAUGCCAGCCUCCCCAGCGUGCAGAGCUGCCGGCGCCUGCGUGAGAGGAGGGUCGCCAGCUGGGCCGUGUCCUUCGAGCGCCUGCUGCAGGACCCCGUUGGUGUCCGCUACUUCUCUGAUUUUCUAAGGAAAGAAUUCAGUGAAGAAAACAUUUUAUUCUGGCAGGCCUGUGAAUAUUUUAAUCAUGUUCCUGCACAUGACAAAAAGGAGCUUUCCUACAGGGCCCGGGAGAUUUUCAGUAAGUUUCUGUGCAGCAAAGCCACCACCCCGGUCAACAUCGACAGCCAGGCCCAGCUAGCAGACGAUGUCCUCCGUGCACCUCACCCGGAUAUGUUCAAAGAGCAGCAGCUCCAGAUCUUCAAUCUCAUGAAGUUUGAUAGCUACACUCGCUUUCUGAAGUCCCCACUGUACCAGGAAUGCAUCUUGGCGGAAGUGGAGGGCCGCGCACUCCCGGACUCCCAGCAGGUCCCCAGCAGCCCGGCUUCCAAGCACAGCCUCGGUUCAGACCAGUCCAGUGUGUCCACGCCAAAAAAGUUAAGUGGAAAAUCAAAAUCCGGCCGAUCCCUGAACGAAGAAAUGGGGGAUGAGGAUAGUGAGAAGAAGCGGAAAGGCGCGUUUUUCUCGUGGUCACGGACCAGGAGCACUGGGAGGUCCCAGAAGAAGAGGGAGCACGGGGACCACGCAGACGACCCCCUGCAUGCCAAUGGAGGCCUGUGUCGCCGAGAGUCCCAGGGCUCUGUGUCCUCUGCGGGGAGCCUGGACCUGUCAGAGGCCUGCAGGACUUUGGCACCCGAAAAGGACAAGGCCACCAAGCACUGCUGCAUUCAUCUCCCGGAUGGGACAUCCUGCGUGGUGGCUGUCAAGGCGGGCUUCUCCAUCAAAGACAUCCUGUCUGGACUUUGUGAGCGGCAUGGCAUCAACGGGGCAGCCGCGGACCUCUUCCUGGUGGGCGGGGACAAGCCUCUGGUGCUGCACCAAGAUAGCAGCAUCCUGGAGUCAAGGGACCUGCGCCUAGAAAAGCGCACCUUGUUUCGGCUGGAUCUUGUUCCGAUUAACCGGUCAGUGGGACUCAAGGCCAAGCCCACCAAGCCUGUCACGGAGGUGCUGCGUCCCGUCGUGGCCAAGUAUGGCCUGGACCUCAGUGGCCUGCUGGUGAGGCUGAGUGGAGAGAAGGAGCCCCUGGACCUUGGAGCCCCUAUAUCGAGUCUGGAUGGACAGCGGGUUGUCUUGGAGGAGAAGGAUCCUUCCAGAGGAAAGGCAUCCACAGAUAAACAGAAAGGUGUGCCAGUCAAACAGAACAUAGCUGUAAAUUCCAGCUCCAGAAACCACUCGGCUACGGGAGAGGAAAGAACACUAGGCAAGUCUAAUUCUAUUAAAAUAAAAGGAGAAAAUGGAAAAAAUGCUAGGGAUCCCCGGCUUUCAAAGAGAGAAGAAUCUAUUGCAAAGAUUGGGAAAAAAAAAUAUCAGAAAAUUAAUUUGGACGAAGCAGAGGAGUUUUUUGAGCUUAUUUCCAAAGCUCAGAGCAACAGAGCAGAUGACCAACGUGGGCUGCUAAGGAAGGAAGACCUGGUGUUGCCAGAGUUCCUCCGUUUACCUCCUGGUUCCACAGAACUCACCCUCCCCACUGCAGCUGCCAUGGCCAAGGGCUUUAGCAAGAGAAGCGCCACAGGCAACGGCCGGGAGAGUGCCUCCCAGCCCAGCGAGCAGUGGGAGCCAGCCCAGGAGAGCAGCGACAGCCCAUCCACCAGCCCGGGCUCAGUCCCCAGCCCCCCUGGGCCUCCCGGGAUGACCCCCUCCGGGCAGAAGUCUCCCAGCGGGUCCUUCUGCACUCCCCAGUCUCCCGUCUCCCUCGCGCAGGAGGGCACCACGCAGAUCUGGAAGAGGCAGUCUCGGGAAGUGGAGGCCGGGGCCAUCCAGACGGUGGAGGAUGAGCACGUGGCCGAGCUGACCCUGAUGGGGGAGGGGGACAUCAGCAGCCCCAGCAGCACCUUGCUGCCGCCACCCUCCGCCCCCCAGGACGUGCCAGGACCUUCCAGACCAGGAAGCGGGACCCACGGCAGCCGAGGCCUCCCGGUCAACAGAAUCAUCGACGUGGAUCUUGUAACUGGCCUGGCGCCCGGGGAGGAUGGUGGCAUCUCGGGGGCACGGGCUGGCCCUGGGAGUUCGCAGGCCGGUGGUGGGCCUCCUACGUCAGACCUCCCUGGCCUGAGCCCCGUCCCAGGUGAGCCUGCGAAGCCCAAGGCCAGCGCGCACCACGCCACCUUCGUCUGAGCUGCCCUGGCCUGGCCAACUCUCCCGUGGACAUGUCGGGGUGGGGCAGCCCCCGUGGAUUCUGUGAGCCUCAGAGGGGCCACCGCAGCCACCAACACCCUCAGGAGCCAGGAGGGCAGGGGGUGACCUCGCUGGAGGCACUGGCCCCGGACAUUCACCAUGCUGGCCCUGGCCCCUGCUGCACAAUAAAGCGUUUCUGAGGACCC